AAGAGGAAGAGGAAGAGCAAUGCCGGGGGUGAUCACAGGUAGCCACAUUCCUUGCUAGCUAGGCUAUGAGUGCCACCACAUCUCUCGCCCAUGCGCGCUGCGCUCUUGACAAGGCUAUGUGCUCGUCGCCCCAGCCGCACUCCAGCAAUGGCGCGACGAUCAAGCAGCUCCACCACUUGCGCCAGCGGCGGCGGGGGCGGCGACGCAUUCGCCUUCGUCGUCCAGAGCAUCCUCUCGGCGCUCAAUCCUACCGAGGUGGGUCUCAACGCCGCCGCGCUCGCUCCCUUCGCGCGCUACCUCUCCCACGACGUCGUCCUCGAGAUCAUCCGCCGCGCCAGCCGGAAGAAAGGCCUCGAGUUCUUCCACUGGGCUCGCUCCACCAGCGGCGCCUCCGGCUACCGCCACUCCGCCGCCGCCUACGAGUCCCUCAUCGCCCGCCUCUGCGACGCCCGCGACGCCGCCGCCGCGCUCCUCCUCCUCCGCGCCAUGCGCAGCGACGGCCUCCAGCCCAGCAUCCACAGCCUCGUCGCGCUCCUCCGCGCCUACGUCGAGCUCGGCCAGAUCGACGAGGCCGGGGAGAUCUUCUGCUACGUGCGCAGUGCCGCCACCGUGCCGCCCGAGGCCUACUCGAGCAUGAUCGACGCCUUUGCGCGGCACCGCCGCUUUGACGACGCUCUCGAGCUCUCCCGCGAGGCGCUCUCGCGGGGCAUCGCCGCCGACCACCACCCGCUGCUCUACGCGCUCUGCAAGGCGGACAAGAUCGACGUCGCCGCCGGAUGCUUGCAAGCGCUGCUGGAUCACAACUUCAAGGUGGCGAGCGUGGAUUGCAGCGUGGUGGUGGACGCGCUCGCUCGCGCGGACAAGCUGGAGAUGGCGGCCAAGCUCCUGGAGAGAUCGGUGGUGGAAGCUGGCGUUAAAGUCGACUCGCAGGCUUUCACGCUCCUCGCCACGAAGCUCUUCCGGCGCUCCAAGUUCUCCGAGGUGGUCCGGCUCUUCACGCUCCUGGCGUCCAGAGGCGUGGUCUAUGGCGAGACCACGUACAAGCUCGUCGUGGACGGCCUUUGCGGCGCCGGGAUGGCGAACCAGGCACUGGAGCUCGUCCGGGAGCUCAGCGGCGUCUACACUCCCACGCUCUUCAUCUACAACGGGAUCAUCACGGGCUUGUGCCGGGCUUCCAGAGUCAUGGACGCGUACAAAGUUCUGGAGAAGAUGGUGGAGGAGUCCAUCGUUCCAAACGUUUUCACGUACACCAUCCUGCUCAACGGGCUGUGCCGGAGCAACAAGACGAAGCUGGCGCGCGAGGUGUUCCAGGAGAUGAAGCGAAACGGCUGCAAGCCAAACCCGAUAACUUACGGCACGCUCAUCCAGCACCUGAGCCGGGCCGGGGAGAUCGACGAGGCGCUGCGUGUGAUGAUCGAGCAGCGCAGCCUGGAGCUCCCGACGGACGUGAUUACGUGCACCACGAUCGUCGGGGGGCUGUGCAAGGCCAGCCGGCUCGACGACGCGCUCAAGUUCAUGGAGGAGAUGCGACAGAUGGGAGUCCGUCCCAACGAGGUGACUUACAGCAACCUCGUGCAUGGCUUCCGGCAGCACGGGGAGUUGGACCGGGUGAUCCGUUUCUUCGAGGAGGAGAAGGCACGAAAAGGUGGCUCGCUCGAGGCAGCGGCGUAUCCCGGCUACCUGGACGCGCUGUGCAAGGCGGGCUACCUGGACCGAGCUCGCAAGUCUGUGGAGGAGCUCCGGCAGUCCGGGGUCGUCCCGGACGUGGUGACUUACAGCAUGCUCAUCAACACAUUCGCCCGGGCGGGCCAGUUUGACGCUUCCUUGGAGCUGCUCGAGGACAUGCGGAGGAACGGCGUGAAGCCGGACGUGGUGACUUACUCGACGCUCAUCAACGUUCUGUGCAAGGAGAGGAAGUUCCAGGACGCGUUCCGGCUGCUGGAGCUCAUGGAGGCGGCCGGGUCGCCGCCGAACGUCGUGACUUACAACAGCGUCAUGGACGGGCUGUGCAAGAGCGGCAAGAUGGACGAGGUUCACAGGGUCUACGAGAUGAUGCUCAAGAGCCGCUGCUCGCCGGACGUGGUGACUUACAGCAUCAUCAUGAACGGCCUGUCCAAGGCCGGGAUGCUCGACUCGGCCGUGAAGCUGUUCGAGCUUAUCAAGUCAAGCCGCGAGGGGCCCGACGCGGCGGCCUACAGCAUGGUUAUCACGAGCCUGUGCCGAGCCGGGAAGCUGGAGGAGGCCUGCGGUAUGUACCACGGGAUGGAGGUGACGGUGGCCGGGGAUAACAUAUGCCGCGCGCUCGCGGGGCUGGUUGCCGCGCUGUGUGACGCCGAGAGGACCGACUCGGCACGCAGGAUUGUGGAGGUUGCGAGCGAGAGGGGCCACCGCAUGACCAAGAGCGGUGAUACUGAUCUCGUCAAGAUUGUCGAGGACCACCUCUUGGAGUCAAAAGAAGAACACGCGGAUGCUGAGUGGAAAGCUUGAUGAUCUUGGAUACCCCAGCGAAGACCCACUCACUGAUUCGCAGGAGGGUACAAUGUAAAGUAACAAAAAGCUGGUUUUUUUCCUCUAUCAGCAUUAAAGUUCUUGUUUGUUCUUUUCCUUCUUUUCGUAGCAGACUUUACGGACAAAGAUGACAAACAGUGUCUCUGUGACGAACUAUUCCUCCGGCGCAGCUUGUCCUCUAGCAGCACCGUCGAGUGGAGGCGACCUCCUUUCCUUUCCUACACAGCUUUUACGAUUGCAAUCGAUUCACUUCCAUCACUCGAG